AUGACAAGAGGCCGCUCCGUCCCAGCAACAGUACUAUCGACUGGAUCCAGCUCCAGCUUAAACGACACCACCAAGGCCAUAACCACAGCCAUAAUACCCUCGUCCUCAUCCAUCUCGCCCAUUCCCACAAAUGGCUCCCUCACCACCAGAAACGGCUCCAAGCUCCUCGCCCAAGCAGACGCCCUCGCACGCAUGACCAUCGAGUUCAACGUCCGCGCCGUGAGCGCCCAAACGGAGCGUCUGGAGAAGGGCCUCAACAAGCUCAUGAUGUCCACUAAAGAAGACAAGGCAUUCCGAGAAAGCCACGACGCGAGGCUGCAGAGCCUGUGUAAGGAGAUUCUCGUGGUGAAGCAGCGCAUGGAAGAGAUUCAGGGGCCGGAGUGGAAUGGCAGCGGCAAGGAUGGGCUGGAAGGAGUUAAGAAGGAGGUUGAUACGUCUAUUGAGUUAUUGAAGAAGGAAAUGGAGGAGCUCAAGGGUCUGGUUGGGGGUAUUUCGAGUACGUUGGAUAAACUCCCGACAGCGGCUGAAGCAGAGGCUUUGAUAAGGCGUACUCAAGCUUCGGUAUCAACAGGUGGUAGAGAGAUCCAAACUAGGUCAAAGGCUGCAAAAACACUCGCAGACUCUAAAACAGCAAGGAGCCAAGUCUCCAUCAAGCAGCGUAUUGACGAUGCCAUCGGCUCAACCCGUCGCUGGAACCGAGACCACAAAACAACCAAGCUCGGCGAUGCCACCUUCAUAGCCAACUACCUUCGACAGCAAUCCAAGCGCGACCCACCAAUGGCAGUCUACAUACAGAGAUCGAUCAAGCGUCAUGUCAGCCGCAGCGGUCGCCAAAAGGCAAAGGACCGUCCCAAGAACCUCGAGCAGUUUUGCCAGGAUUUGGUGUGGAAGGACGUCAUCGAGACGGCGGAGGAGGUGCUGGUGAGGAAUGUGGCGCGGACAGCAAAAGCUUUGGAGGAGCGGAUGGGCUUGUCAUGA